AAGGAAGAACUUUAUUUGUAAACAAGAAAAAUCUCUUUACAUAUUUUUUAGAAAAAGAUUUUAAUUUUUAAUUUUAAAAAAAAUAUUUUUAAAAUUUUCAAAAUUGUGCUCUUAAAGUAUAAACGUAAAAUGGAUUGUGAAGAUAUGAUAAUAUCGGAGGAACCAAAUUUAUCUGAGCGUAAAGAAGGAGGAAAACGCGGACGUAAACCAGGUAGAAAAGCUUCAGCCGAAAAAAUUGAUAUGAAAGCCAAAUUAGAACGUAGCAGACAAAGCGCUCGUGAGUGCCGUGCCAGAAAAAAAUUACGUUAUCAAUAUUUAGAAGAAUUGGUUGCUGAUCGUGAAAAGGCUGUAUUAGCAUUACGUGCUGAAUUAGAUCGUUAUAAACAAUGGAGUGCUGAAUUAGAUGCUGGACGUUAUCCAGAAGGUUUUCAACAAUUACUCGAAGAACUGGGUGUUUUAAAACAAGAAUAAUAGUUUUAUUUUUCAUUUUUAAUUUGUAAUUUUUUAAUUUUUUGCCUCAUUAAAAACUCUCAUUGAAAAUAUUCCAAAAAAAUAUUCAUAAAACAAAGAAAAUUUAUUAAAAACAUUAAUUAUAAGAAGAAGAAGAAAAUGUUUUAAUUAUAAAUAAUGUUUAAUAUAAAAUAACUAUACAAAUUUUUAUACUUUGUACCUCAUUUUUUUUAAUUAUUAUUUUUAUUAUUAAUUAUUUUUUUUUAUUUUUGUUUAAACUUCAUGAUUAGAUUUAAGUUUAUUGUGUGUGAUAAUUUAAGUUAGAUUUUUUUCCUUUUUAAUCUUCUUUACAUUGAUCCAAUCCUAGGAUUAUUUAACUUUAAUUUUUUUUUUUCGUUUUGUUUUACUAGCUUAUUUUUUUUUGUGGUUCAUUUUUAUUAAAUAUACAAUUUUUUCUUUUAAUUGAUUUCUUUUGAAUUUUAAAAAAUUAUAAAUGUUUUUUUUCCAUUUCUUUUGUCUAUGUUACAAUAGAAAAUUUUGAAAAA